AUGAAAAACGAGAAGGAUAUGUCUCUCAACAUCUACGGCGAGACUCUCUGUUUCAUCAUUGAGCGGUACGGUAAGAAGGGGCAUGUAGAUCAAGCCGUGGAGCUCUUCAACGGCGUCUCCAAGACUCUUGGAUGUCAACAAUGCGUUGAGGUUUACAACUCUUUGCUUCACGCGCUUUUGCGAGGUGAAGAUGUUCCAUGUUCCGGAGAAUGA